UUCGUUUGGCAAAUGGGAUAUUAUCUGAUGACUUCAUCCAUUUCUAUAUAUAUAUAUAUAUAUAUGUAUGAUAUGAUGGCUUAUUGCAUUAGAUACCCUCCUCCAUUUUUGUUGCUGAAGGCGGAAAGCUCGGAACUCGUCGUCUCACAGAGUUUUGGCAACAGUGGAGUGAGUAUCACAAUUUGUCCGAUGAUUUUGACAAAAAUGAGACUCUUGGGUGGAAUGCUCCUCCACGGCCCAUCAAAUAUGAGAUUGCGCCACUCGUCAAUGCACUCGCCUUCCUUGAGGGAAAUUCCAAGCAGACUCAUCUGCUCGGCCAGAAAACCAUUCACCAUGGCUGCAUUUGCGACAGCAGAAGCGGUUGAUAACAAUGCGGAACUAAUAGCAAGCGGUGACCUACGUUGUUUGCAACCCAUGUUCCAAAUCUAUGGCCAAAGGCGUUGCUUCUCGGGACCAAUCCUUACCCUAAAGGUCUUUGAGGACAAUGUACUUGUCAGAAGCCUCCUCGAGUCAAAAGGGGAAGGUCGAGUCCUGGUCAUAGAUGGUGGUGGAAGCAUGAGGUGUGCCCUUGUUGGUGGGAAUCUCGGGCAGUUGGCUCAGAACAACGGGUGGGGCGGGAUCGUGGUGAACGGAUGUGUCAGGGAUGUAGACGAGAUCAAUGGCUGUGAUAUCGGUGUCAGGGCAUUAGGGUCUAAUCCAUUGAAGUCAUCUAAGAAGGGGCAUGGUGAGAAACAUGUCCCUGUACACAUUGGAGGAACUCUGAUCAAAGAUGGAGAGUGGCUUUAUGCUGACAGUGAUGGUAUCUUGAUCUCUAAGACUGAACUCUCUGUCUAAUACAGAAGGUCUGGGUUUCUGUAUACCUUGUCUUUGGAGUUUAUGUUGCUCUCCGAGGAAUGGAGGAUAAUAAGUUUGGACAGUGUUGUAAUGAAAUCUCAAUUGAAGGGUGAAAUGAUUGGCAAAUA